CCCCCCGGGCCGACAGCGACCCAGCGGGGCCGGGCCCAGCGGGACGGCGGGGCGAGGCAAUCAUGGCUCUCUACAACAAUGGGGCUGACGUGCCUUCGCCCCAGGAAGCCUCCAACGGCUUCCCCCAGCCCGGUGCCUCAGGAACGUGGCACAAGGGUGAGGAGGAGGUGAGGCUGGUGGAGCCCAGCGUGGUGAAGAAGGCUCACCGGGAAAUCCUGGACCACGAGCGCAAGCGGCGCGUGGAGCUCAAGUGCAUGGAGCUGCAGGAGAUGAUGGAGGAGCAGGGGUACUCCGAAGAGGAGAUCCGACAGAAAGUGGGGACCUUUCGGCAAAUGCUGAUGGAAAAGGAGGGUGUGCUCACCAGGGAGGACCAGCACGGGCGCCACAUUGUGAUAGAAAACCACCACGGGGCAGAUGGGGAGGAGUACGAGGUGGAGUACCCUGGCUAUGGAGAGGGCUGCCUGCUGCAGUGUGACUGCUCGGCCGAGUGCUACCGCGAGGACAGCGGCCACCGCGAGUACAGGUUGAAAAGACGCUCGAGCAGCUCCACCUCUCCUCCACCCAAGAAGAAAAAGAAGAAGAAAUCAGGUCACCGCCGGAGCCGCAAAAAGAGGAAACCCGGCUCAGAGCGCAGGUCUGAGUCGGGGUCACGAAAAAAGAGAAGACACAGGUCCCGAAGCCCCAAGAACAAACGGAAAGAGAAAAACAAAGAGCGCAAGAGGUCCCGCAGCGAGUCCCCGGCCUGGCGCUCGCACCGCCGCAGCUCCUGCAGCUCCCACAGCGCCUCGCUCUCCUCCGACGACAGCGGCUCGAAAUCCCCGGGCAGGCUGAGCCCCAAGCGCCGGCAGGAUGGCCCCAAGGGCAGCAGCGCCCGCUCCAGCCGCAGCCCGUCCUCGCCCUCGCCGCAGCGCUCGGCCUCGCCGCACCAGAACGGGCACAAGGGCAGCGCCCAGAACGGCCGCCACAGCCACGGCGCCGCGCUCCCGGAGCCCUCGGAUAGGCCGGCCUCGGCGUCGCCCUCUCCGCGGGCUCACGGCAGGACGGAGCCGCCGUCCCCCCGCUGCCGGGGGGCUCGACACGGCGCCCGCAGCCCCCGCUCGCCCACGCCCGAGCGGGCCAAGCACGGCCACCGGCACCGCUCCCGCAGCGCCUCGCCGCCCUCCCGGCACCGCGGCCCCAGCAAGGGGCGGCCCGCGGCGCCCCGGGAGCCGCCGCCGCCGCUCAGCCCCGCCGGCUACAGCAGCGACUCGGAGGGCUCGGCCGGCUCCCAGCCCUACCACCCGCCCGCCGGCCCCGACAGGAACCACGGCGCGCACGGCAAGAAGGUGAAGGAGCGGCACCACCGGGGCCGGCCCAACAGCAGCUCGGAGUCGUCGGCCAAGCACUCCCGGCACGCCUCGGAGCGCAGGAAGAGCCCGUCGCCCAGCCCGGGCCAGCGCAGCAGCUCCUGGAGCUCCAGCGGCUCCCUCUCCAAGUCCCGCUCCCGCUCCCGGGAGAAGAGAACAGGACGCAGCCGCUCCCGCUCGCCCUCGCCGAAAAAGCCAGCCAGCAGAGAGAAGGACAACGAGCCCCGAACACGUCACGGUGAUCCCGAUCCCGCCCGCCCCCGGCGCCGCUCCAGGAGCUACUCCCCCAUCAGGAAGAGGAGACGCGACUCCCCGAGCUUCAUGGAGCCCAGGAGGAUCACCAGCGCCCGCAAGCGCCCCAUCCCCUACUACCGGCCCAGCCCCUCGUCCUCCAGCUCGCUGAGCACCUACUCGUACAGCCGGAGCCGCAGCCGCAGCUACGCCAGCUCCAGCUCCAGCCGCUCCCGCAGCCGGACUCGCAGCCCCCCCAGCCGCUCCCGCAGCCCCAGCCGCAGCCCCAGCUACAACAGCCGCAGCAGCUCGGAGAGCGCCGGCUUCUGAGCGCCGAGAGCCCCGAGAGCCCAGCUCUGCCCCCUCCGUGCCACCUGCGCCCCUCGAGGGACGCGACCAGCGGUGGGAAGGAGCCGGGGGAUGCUAAGGACGGAGCCGGCAGCGGGGGAAAGCACGGACGGGAACUCAAAUGGGUCCUUGGAACGGCCGGGAGGGGGUGGUUCCCCCGCUCCGGGGUGUUUUGGGGUCGGGAUGGGGAAGGGGAGGAUCUCUUGUUUCUGCGAGUGCCGGGGUGGGGCGGGGCGGGGCGGGCGAGCACAGAGCGAGGGAACAAAUGCUCUGCAGAGACCUUGGGCCGGUGGAUGGGGGUGGCUGGGGACACCCCUGGGGUCCCCCUGUGCUUUUUUUUGGUUUUGUUUGACUGUUUUUUAGCACAAGAGCAUCCCGGGGAGGUGGGCAGGGGGGCAGGCUCAGCUGGAGGGUGUGAUGCCAGCCAGAGGUGAGCAAGGCCCUGUUUGCCCAGGGAAGUUGUCCCCAGGGUGUCAUGGGGCACAGGGGCUCUGCAAAACAUUUUGGGGUCCCCCCAGACCUGAGCACACGCCGAGCCAUGGAUGAACAAAGCCGGCAGCACCUGUAAUUCUCUUCCCAAGUGAGGAGAUCCAGGGAAAAACGCUGCUUGUGCCAGCUCAGGGCCCUGGCACCCUCCCACCCAGCCAGUCUGGGGGGCACCCCGGGAGGAGGGAGCUGCAGGGCCCGGGCUGGGCAGGGGGUGCACCCAGCCAUCCCCUGGCCUGUCCCACCUCUGGGCUCGCAGCCCCCCGUCCCCUCCUGCUCUGGGGAAAAGUGGCUGCUUUUUAAACUGAAUUAUGGGAAGAGAGAGGCAGGAGGGUCCCGGGCUUGGCCCGCCGCCCGGCCUUUGCAGGGUUUUGCUGAUUUCCCAAAAAAAAAAAGCCCCCCAGGCGCUGAGGACAGUGUGGCCCCCGGGGGGGUUGGUGGCCCCGCGGUUUCCGGGUGGCUGGAGCAGGACAAUGGGAUGAGCCUCCCUGGGUGGGAGAGCAGCUGCCCGGAUUAACCCGCUGGCCCUGCAUGGAGAGCCGGGCUUUGGCUCUGCUUUCCAGCCAGCCGGGAUCGGGAGGCUCCUCCGGAGCUCAGCCUCCUUAGGCGUGGCCUGGUGAACCAAAGCACCCGGGAGGACAGAGAGGGGAGCGAAGGGGCACUCCAGGGUCAGCCUCCCAAAGCUGGCAUGUCCCGGCUCAGCCAGAGGCUGAGGAGGCACCAGCCCGUGGAGCAAAAUCCCAGGAGCUGGGCAGUGAUGGGUGCCAGCCCCCGGGUGUCCCAGCACCCGCUGGACAGACACCUGAACAAGCAGAGGGGUUAGAAAUGGGGUAAGGAGGGGACACACUCGUGGCACUCCAUGGUGCAGCUUGUCCCCACGUGCCAGCCCCGGGCAGGGUGGCAGCUCUGGAUGGAGGAGGAGGAGACAAAGGGUUCUGCUCUCCCGGAGCCUGGGGAGGUGGAGGACGCCAGUUCCCCCAGCAUCCCACAAACCCUGAGCCACGCGCUCCAAAAACCAUCCCAGCAAUUCCAGCUGCUGCCCCACAGCCCCCGUCCCCCCCGGCCCCACGGGAAGCUCAGAGCGGCCGCUGGAGCCCCCACCCUGCUGGGACACGGGGGAACCCCCUGCCAGCACCCCAAGCCGAGCCAGCAGCGGGGGUUUCCCUGCAGCCCCAGCCCUGCAGCCCCCGCGGCUCCCAAAAUCCCGAGCCCCGACUGCAGCGGCGCCGCGGACCAGCCAGCACAUCAGGGAAAAAUUCCAGUCUUCCUCUUUUACAGCCUCUGUCUCCUGCCGCGGAGGGAGCCAACUGGAACAAAUACUCUGUAGAAAUACUUCAGUAUUUUCCUGUCGCGCGUGCGCUCUCUCUCUGGGUUGUGAGUACAGCUGUAGAUGCCGUGAG